AUGCCAGUCUGUUGUUCAAGCAAAGUCAUCUGCAAAAGUGGAUGUUGUGAUCCAUGCUGUGACCCAUGCUGUGGUCCAUGUUGUGGCUCUGGUUGUGGCUGCGGCUCAUGCUGCAGUUCUGGUUGUGGAUGUGGUUCAUGUUGUGAUUCAUGCUGUGAUCCAUGUUGCGAUCCAUGCUGUGCUCCAUGUUGUGUACGCAAGAAAACUACCGUCACCAAAACAGUCUGCUACCGACCGGUUGUCAAAGUCGUCAAGAAGACCGUCUGCUGCAAAACAUGUCCACGAGUAAUUUACCCUGCACUUACCAACGUCAAUUUUUAUGCGGCAGCCACUGCUCCGGCAGACAUUGUUUAUAUUUCUCAAAGCUCUCUUCCCAAUGCUAACUGCACGAUCUGUAUUUCUCAGGGUUUCGGAGUAUUUGCUCGUCGUGUCAUAGCACGGCUCAGUUUUUUUGGUCCCUACGAUGGUCAUAGAUACGGAGCAAAUCCUCUUCAAAAGAUGAGCAUUUAUUCUUGGCAAAUACCCGAUCAGACAGGUCAAAUAAAAUAUUAUGUCGAUGCAAUUGAUCCCAACAAAUCCAACUGGCUUCGUUACAUAAAUUGUCCAAAUACUCUUCGUCAACAAAAUCUCAUAUCAUUCAUAUAUAACAAUGAUAUUUUCUAUUUGGCAAUCCGAAAUAUUCCUGCUGGAGAGGAACUUCUAGUCUAUUAUGGACAUUCUUACGCUAAGAAACUCGGUAUAGAUACCACACAGUUUCCUUAA